AUGCUACCAUAUACACCCCUACUGGCUGUCGCCGGUCUGUAUGCCUCCCAAGCAAGUGCCGCCGAAGCAACAGAUAUGGGCCCUGCCGCCUUCCUCUGGCCUCCCGAUCGAGCAUGGGGAGCAGCACAGGAUAACACAGCGCCGUGCGGUUCCUCUGCCGGCGUAACGAACCGGACAGAUUUCCCACUCACCAAUGGUCAGCAACGGCAUGUGCAAUCCUCCUACCCGACUAUGAAUAUAAACUCUAACAGCCCAGACCCAACCUCAAACACCGACUUCACAACCCUAGUCUCAUCAACCAAUUUCCCGGACCUAGACCCCGGCCACGAGUGCUACGCCGUACCAAACCCAGCAUCAAACAUAACCUCUGGCUCGAACGCAACGCUCCAACUCUCGUAUCUGUCUACCUUUGACACAGAAAAGAAUAGCACUUUCUAUGCAUGCGCGGACAUCACUUACGUCCCACUUGCGUCAUUCACAACCAAUGUUCUUUGCUUCAAUGUCUCUGAGCCAUCGACCACGACGUCGAGCUCGAGUACUAGCUCUGCGACUUCUUCUGAUUCUUCGUCGUCGUCCUCAUCUGGGGGAUUGUCUGGGGGUCAGAUUGCGGGGAUUGUUGUUGGGUGUGUGGUUGGUGCGGCACUUGCUGCUGUUGCGCUUUUUGUUCUUUGGACCAGGCACCAGAGGAAGGUUCAGAGGGACAAGGUUGUUGCUGUUCGGAUGGGGGAUUGGGGGAAUCAGGAUAAGACGGUUGAGACGGGGGUUUGA